AUGAUAGAAAUCAAGGGCAUGCUGCAACAACUCAUUGGGACAAAUGGAAAGAUGCAAGAAAAGUUAGCCAUACAUGAUUCGGCUAUUAAAGGCAUUGAAACUCAAUUAGGCCAGUUAUCUAUGGCCUUGAACAAUCGCACACAAGGAACGUUGCCUGCAGACAUAAACAUCAAUCCAAAAGAGCAGAACCCAAAUCAGCUAAUGACAGUGAGUCUCAGGAAUGGAAGGGAUUUAGACAGAGAGCAAGAAGUUGCUCAAUCUAGGAGAGACGCAGUGCCAAUUACUCCAGUGACAUUAGAGACCGACGAGUCAACGGAGCUCACAGAAGUUGUAAUUGAACAGGCACAAGUAGACAAAGGCAAUGAGAAGGAAUUUGAACAACUCCCAGAUCAGGUGGUGGAAAAGGCUCCUAAUGAAGAAAAGGCACCAAGCAGUGGGCAGAAGCUAACUCCUGCACCAUUCCCUCAAAGUGCGGUAGUGACAAGACCUAUGGCUCAAAAAUUUUCUGAUCCCGGUAGUUUCACUAUCCCAUGCAUAAUUAGAAGUUAUGCUUUUGCUAAAGCAUUGUGUGACUUAGGAGCCAAUAUCAACUUGAUGCCUUUGGCAAUCUACACAAAAUUAGGCACUGGCAGAGCUAGACCGACCUCAAUGUUGUUGCAACUGGCUGAUCGCACAGUCAAAAGGCCGACAUGA